ACCCCUCUCUUUCUAUCUAACUCACCAUUUUUCCUCAGCCGCAGGUGCUCUGCUCUCCACCAUCGCUUCCACCUGCAACCCUUUCCCACCACCGUCUCCCCCCUGCCUUCCGUUUCUCUGGCCACUCCCUCCAUCCUUCGCCUCUCUCGCCACUCAGAAAUGCUAUUUGUUGUCUUUCUGAUGAGGAUCAACUGUCAGCUGUAAACAAUUGAGUCUGGGUGGCAUGUGAUGAUAGCGUAGAGGAAGAUUUUUAAUGGACCUGACCGCUAAAAGGCAUUUGAUUCAUUAUUAAGAUUCAAAAGGUGAAAAACUAUAAAAGAACAGAAAAAGGAAGGAGUAGAUGGAUUUAGCAGACAAGGCCGUGGGGCUGCUGUUAUCGGUAAUCAGCUUGUCAGUUUUCACUUACUAUACAUUCUGGGUGAUCAUACUGCCGUUCGUUGAUACUGAUAAUUUUGUGCACAAGUACUUUUUGCCUCAAGAAUAUGCCAUUCUGAUUCCGGUGUUUGCUCUUGCGGCGCUGCUUUGCUUCCUCUGCAUGUUUGUUGGAUAUGUGAUGCUCAAAUCCAAAAAGAAGAAGGCAUAAUGCAAGAUCUAUAGUGUGUGCUGCAACUACCAUUUUUUUGUCACAUACAGAUAGUUUUAUUGCUGGGUUUCUCUUUUACUUGUAAAUGGAGGAUUUAGAUGAUUGCACUCAGUUCCUGUUAAUUUGGUGAAACCUGAAACUGGUAAUUGUCUUAGAAAAAAAGCUGACAAAUUGCAGAUAAAGAUUAUCUUCAGAUAUUGUUAGCCUGCUCUUGUAAGAGAGCAGUUGGUAUCAUUUUGUUUUGCAAGAUCUAGCAUUUAUCUUUUA